AGUUUUGGGCUGUACAGGACGUUAGGAAUGGCUCCUAAGAGAGAACCCUCCAUUAAGAAGUCUCCUUCACCAGUGAACCAACCCAGACUGGGUCCUCCUUACCCCUGCCUCGCUGCGGCACCUGCAGCUCCAAAACCGGCUCCAGAGCAGAAACCUAGGAUGCUGCGUCUUUCGGAUUCACCAUUUGACCCCAGUACUUUGGAGAUUGAAUUUAACCUGGAUCAGAUUCAUGAGUUUAAGGAGGCAUUCCUGCUGUUCGACAGGACAGGAGAUGGCAAGAUCAGCUUCAGCCAGUGUGGGGAUGUCAUGCGGGCCCUGGGACAGAACCCUGUCAAUGCGGAGGUGCUCAAGGUCCUGGGCAACCCAAAGGCUGAGGAGAUGAACAGCAAGAUGCUAGACUUUGAGCAGUUCCUGCCCAUGUUCCAGGCCAUCGCUAAGAAUAAAGAUCAGGGCUCCAUGGAGGAUUUUGUGGAGGGACUGCGUGUCUUUGACAAGGAGGGCAACGGCACAGUAAUGGGAGCAGAGCUUCGUCAUGUCCUCACCACGUUAGGUGAGAAAAUGACAGAGGAGGAAGUUGAGACGCUCUUGGCAGGACAUGAAGACGCAAAUGGUUGCAUCAAUUAUGAAGCAUUUGUCCGCCACAUCAUGUCAGGCUGAGGGCCGGUACGGGCAUUUGAACUGGUCAGGAUGGUCAUGAACGGGUGAAGACAAAGAGCAUCCAACUUUUUUUACCUUGUCACAUGUACCCUUUUUUUGCAGUUAGCUUCUUCAGCCCCUCCCAACCUUUUCCAUGGAUUAGUUUUCCACAUUUAAUUUAAGAAGUGCCUUUUACAUUCCCUAAUAAAUACCACAAAUAGCCCUGGCUAUUGUUGCCAGGUCUAUUAACAUAUGUGACCAACUUGUAUACAUUCAGAAGUCUUACUGCUUGCAUUGUUUGCAAUAACAUUCCUGGUGCAGCACUUAAGAUGACAUCAAUUGAUAAUGAUAUACUGUAAAUAUUCAUACUAGUGUUUCAAUGUUGGAUGGGACAUUAACAUAUAUAUAUAUACAGUAUACAUAAUUGUCAGCAACCUACUGUAUCAUUGGCUAAGACUUGCUUUGACUAAGGAACAUGCUCUUGCAGUAAACCGGUAUAUUCAAAGCCAUACUAUAAUGAGGUAGAAAAGAAACAUUUCAAAUGGGUUCCCAUGUUUUUAAUUCACCCCAAUUUUGUUGCUGCAUUUAAAUAAAUGUUUUUUCCUGAAAACUCA